AAAUUAACAUGAUGCAUCAUAGUACACCAUAUAUAAUAAUAUUACUAAUAAAUCAAUACAUAAAUAGAGAGAGGGUGUGUGUGUGAUGAGAUGCCUAAGUUAGGGUUGAUUAGAGAGUUUGGGUUCAAUAUUUCAUGAUAAUAAGCUAGCUAGCUAGGUUAAACACUUAAUGAAUAUGAGCCGAGAAAACAUGGAAGCUGGAGCAGCGGCCACGAGAAUGGAGGUGGGAGAUGAUGGUGGGGUGACAAGUGCUCCUGCAGGAGGAGGAACUAACAACAAUUCAAAAGCUCCAUCGCCACUGAUAGUAUCAGCUCCUCCCUCCCAAUUCCAUUCCCCAUCGCUGUCCCGAUCCCCACUCCUCACCUCAAUCGACCACCCAGACGACGAUGACAUCAUCAAGAGGAGUACUACUGCUACUGCUACUGCUACUGCUACUCCAACCGCCUCCAAAACCCCUACCAAAGGCUUCACUCCACGGUUCAUCACUCCAUUGGGGAGCCCCAUUCGGAAGGCCCUGAAGCUCACCAAACUUGACCCCCACGAUGCUUGGCUCCCUAUCACCCAAUCCCGCAAUGGGAAUGCUUAUUAUGCUGCAUUUCACACUCUCUGUUCUGGCAUCGGAAUUCAAGCCCUCGUUCUCCCGGUUGCCUUCACUGUUCUUGGAUGGACUUGGGGCGUGAUCUGCUUGACCUUAGCAUUUAUCUGGCAACUCUACACGAUGUAUUUGCUGGUCCAACUCCACGAAAAUACUGAAACCGGGAUUCGAUACAGCAGAUACAUGCAGCUUGCCAACGCUACUUUUGGGGACAAGCUGUCAAAACUGCUGGCGGCGUUUCCGAUCAUGUACCUCUCCGGGGGCACAUGUGUGGCCUUGAUCGUCAUCGGCGGCUCCACUUCCAAGCUCUUCUACCAGACGCUGUGCGGCUGCAUGGACAAGCCGUUGACCAGCGUGGAGUGGUACUUAGUGUUUACCUGCGCCGCUGUGGUGCUCUCCCAGCUCCCCAACCUGAAUUCCAUCGCCGGCGUCUCCCUUGUCGGUGCUAUCACCGCCGUGGGGUAUUGCACCCUCAUCUGGGUCGUCUCCGUCACUCAUGGCCGCCUUCCCAAAGUCUCCUACCACGUCGUCAAGGGCCACUCCGAUGUUGCCAGGGUCUUUGAUACUCUCAACGCCCUUGGCAUUAUUGCUUUUGCUUUCCGAGGACAUAAUCUCGUUUUAGAGAUUCAGGCAACGAUGCCAUCCAACGAGAAGCAUCCGUCAAGAGUGCCGAUGUGGAGAGGCGUCAAAGUGGCCUAUCUCAUUGUGGCCCUCUGCUUAUUCCCUCUUGCCAUUGGCGGCUACUGGGCUUAUGGUCGCUUGAUUCCGGCCAACGGAGGAAUGCUGUCGGCACUGUUCGCAUUCCACAGCCGUGACGUGGCAAGAUCAAUACUCGGGCUAAUGAGUUUCUUCGUGAUAGUCAACGCCGUAAGCUCGUUCCAGAUAUACGGGAUGCCCAUGUUUGAUGACAUGGAGUCCGAAUACACCAAGCGGUUCAAGCGGCCCUGCCCCUGGUGGCUCCGGGCGGUCAUCCGGGCCAUGUUCGGCUACGGUUGCUUCUUUGUGGCGGUGGCAAUCCCGUUCUUGGGGAGCGUGGCUGGGCUGGUCGGCGGCAUCGCACUGCCGGUCACCUUUGCGCAUCCUUGUUACAUGUGGAUCAAGUUUCGUAAGCCCAAUAAAUAUGGGAUUUCCUGGUGGAUCAACUGGUUCCUCUGUAUUUUGGGUAUGGUGCUUAGUGGGCUUCUCAUUGCUGCUGGGUUAUAUGUGGUCAUUGAUACUGGGAUUAAAGUCAGUUUCUUCAAGCCUCACUAAUAUAAUAGUGUAAUUAAGUCCGCUGUAUUUUCUUCUUUAAUAGAAGAAGAAGAGUAGUAUCAUAAAUUAGGGUGUAAAAAAAAAAGAAAAACAGGUAGACAAUGAUUUUCUACCUUUUUAUUUUGGGUUUCAGAAAAUUUUCUUGGAUGGUGGAGUUUACGAGUGGUAGUGUAUUGUGGAGUGUGGACCUAGUCGUGGUAGUGGGUAGGAGUAGGAUAUGAAAACAUGUUUUGUGAUGUAUGUUUUUGUGGGAUGAGAUCUUUUGCGGGGGUACCGGGUUCGAAUUAGGAUAUACAAAAAGUUGAAGAAGUUGAUGAAAAUGAGAGUUCACGUAAAGCUUUAUUUUGAGAAGAGCAUUCAAAAUAAUGAGAGUGGAUUCACACUCACAACUCGCGAGCUUAUUGAGCUUCAAAU